AUGUGGACAGAGUUCUUCGAUUCAGAGCUCUGGAGUCGACUGGUACUGCAAUUGAGCCAUGACCAGCCUGCUAUUAAACAUGGCAUUCUCGCGCUGGGUGUCGUGCACGAGCGGUAUGAAGGUGUGGCGCCUGUGUCCAUGGCGACGGGCAACGACUUUGCGUUUGUGCAGUAUAUGCAGGCUAUCAAGCACUCGAACGAGCUGCUUACUGCGUACCAGAACGGCAAGGCGAGUUUGGAAAUGGUGUUGAUUGCGUGUAUUAUUUUCACAUGCUACGAAAAUCUGGCUGGAAAUUACGAAAUCGCUAGCAUGCAUUUGCGAAGCGGAUUGCGUAUUCUAGAUCAGCAACAUCGCGCUGGAUCACGGCUGGACAUCAGUCGAGGAGAAAUUGCUAACUCGCUGUAUCGUUUCGAUCUCGAGGCUAUGACUUUCUCAGACAGCUCCUCGCCGUACGAUUACGUCCUCGAUCUAGCACCAGUCUGUCCGCAGGUCCCAGACAAAUACACCAAAAACGACGCCGCGCGCGACGACCUCGUCAACAUCCUACGCAGCAUGAUGUGGCUCGCUGGUGUCGCCGAGCUGAAUCCCUGCGCCCCGGAGCAUCCAAAAUGGCAACACGUGCAUAGCGCCAUGUCCCUCGCCAUCAAAAAGUGGCAAUCCGCCUUCAACGACUUCAAGAAAACCAUGCCGUCUAGAGAAACAGCAGACCCCAAAGUCUACGCCGGUAACGCCCUCCUCACCAUGGCCGCGCUCACAGUCCACAUCAUAAUCAACUCGGGCGCCGCUACAAAUUCCGAAAUGGCCUGGGAUCCAUUCCUAUCUUCAUUCACCUCCAUCGUCGAUCUCGCCGAGACAAUCCCCAUCCUGCAUCCAUCCACCACAGGCACCAAGUACCGCGCCAUCGCGCCCAAACUAGCCUCGAGCACAGCUACGCUCCCCACGCACUUCUCCCCAUCCUUUGAACUCUCCCCAAUCGUGUCACUAUUCAUAACCGCGUGCCGCUGCCGCGACCCCUCCAUCCGGCGCCGCGCAAUCUCCCUCCUGCUCUCCUACCACCGGCGCGAAGGGAUCUGGGACUCCACCGGCGCCGGCAUGAUCGCCGCGCAGUGUAUGCGGCUGGAAGAAAACCUGCCCUCCUCCGCCCCAUUCACGCAGCGCAAUCCCGCCAUCACCGCAUGCGCUGACGUCCCGGAGCCCAGGCGCGUGCGCGACAUGGUGCUCGAGGUGAAGGAGCGCGGGGGGAAGGUUGAUCUCGUAUAUACCCUUGUUACAGGGGAGGGGGUCGAGGGGGUCAAGGUUGUGUAUGAGAGUUGGAGGGGGGCUGGGGGGUUAGGGUUUGGUGGGGGGUUUGGGGAUGAGGGCGAAGACGCAUGCGGGGGUUAA